GAGUAUUCUUUUCCAGAUUUUCCACUUUCUUUGGAGCAAGUUACUUGGAAAAUGAAAAUCCCCCUUAUGUCAUGACAUGAGUAGUAGUAUUUAAGACGCAUCCGUGCUUGUGUUGUAAUAAAGUUUUGUGUGUUGUUAGGAAUAGGAUGGAGGGGGUUGAGAGCAAAGAAAGAGAAGUGAUGGUGGCAAAACCAGUUGCAGUAGUAGGUGUCUGUGAUUUGCUUCUGAGGCUGUUGGCCUUCACAGUUACUCUUGUCGCUGCUAUAGUCAUUGCGGUCGAUAAGCAGACAAAGCUUGUUCCCAUCCAGCUUUCAGAUUCUUUUCCACCUUUGAACGUUCCUCUUACUGCUAAGUGGCACCAAAUGUCUGCCUUUGUGUACUUUCUGGUGACCAAUGCAAUAGCAUGCACGUAUGCAGCCAUGUCUCUACUCCUUGCCCUCGUAAACAGAGGUAAAAGCAAAGGCUUGUGGACAUUGAUCGCUGUUCUCGACACAUUCAUGGUGGCUUUGCUCUUUUCCGGCAACGGCGCCGCUGCGGCAGUCGGUAUCCUUGGCUACAAAGGAAACUCUCAUGUGAAUUGGAACAAGGUGUGCAAUGUCUUUGGGAAAUUUUGUGAUCAAAUGGCUGCUUCGAUUGGUGUGUCACUGAUUGGAUCAUUAGCAUUCCUCUUGCUCGUGGUUAUUCCUGUGGUGAGGCUUCAUCGGAGAACUUAGUCGAUAAAUUAAUAAACCAAGUGUUAUUUAUUAUCCAACAUUUUAUCUUGAGAUCUUUAAUUGUUGCUGUAAUAUGUGUGAGAAUAUUAAUCGUUGUCAUGAGUCCUCAACUCAGGUUCCAGUCUACAUUAUAUAUAAGACACUUGUGUAGAAAGUUGUUCUGCUCCAAAUUAACUAUUCAGUGUGUUCGGCAAAAUUUGGACUUGAAUAGCUAUACAAAAUUUAUUUAACUAUCAAAUUGAAUGAGUCUAC